CGCCCAGCUCUGAUAGUGAUUCCGAGGCGUUGCUAGGCGUUAACCUCCUCCGCCCGGCGUCUCCAGGGGCCAUCAGCCUCGCCUCUACCAUCUCCUACCUGGGCUAUGGGAGCGACGACCACGUGCACAGGAAAAAGGUUGUGAAGAAAAAGCGCUACCGCCGCUCCAAGUCCAACAUGUCUGUCCCCCAGACCCCGGACUCCGUCAGUGGGUCCGUCACCAUAGACUUCGACGAUGGAGGUUUCGACACUGACUGCAGAUCUAAUAUCUCCGACUUCUCAAACCAAGACAUCACAUUGAUGUACGCUUCUCAUGAGAGAAUUCCUAAGAAAGACUUCCGGCAUGAGGUGCAGGCUAAGAAGGACGUGGCGAGUUUCCUGGGGAUGGCUCAGCUGAUGUUAGACAUGGUGGAGACCAGUCUACAGGACAUCUUAGAUACCAUGCUGGAGAGGAUCUUAAAGGAUGAGACGAAAUGUACCAUGAAGUCUGCCAAGUCAGCACUUUUUACACAUGACUCAGUCCGGCAUUUCACUAAAACCAUCCAGGGAACCAGUGAGACAGAGUAUGGAGGGAUCGACUAUGACCAGUCAUGGAUCUGUGCUUUUGCAUCAGUGACGGAGAUUAAGAAGCGGCACGUCGCGAUCGCCAGACUGCAGUACCCGCGGAACCUGGGGGAGACCAGCCAGGAGGUCCAGUUUAUCAUCCUGGUUAUAGCACCCAGGAAGGAGAAAACCAUGAGAAACGCACUGGAGACAGCCCGUACCUUCUCAUCCCUGUUCAUGUACCCAGACGUGCGACAGGAGUUGUUGGACUGUCAGGAUGAAGAAGAGUUCAUGGCCACGCUGAAGAGAACAGAGGAGGAACUCCGUGGCGGGGACAAAAAUGACAAGAGGAGGAUCCAAAAGGAGGCCAUCAAGUCAGCAGCUGCUUUCGAGAGACCAGGGGAUCAGAAGUUCCGGCCUGGAGCCGGUGUGUGGAACGACUUAAAGAGAAGAGCUCCUCACUACAUUAGUGACUUUACGGAUGGUUUGAAAGGCCGGCGUUCGCUCCACAAGCUUCUGUCAGCGACCGUGUUCCUGUACUUUGCCUGCGUUCUGCCCUCCAUCGCCUUUGGAACCCUCAACGAGAGAAACACUCAUGGUGAUCUUGACGUGAAGAAAGUGUUUGUGUCUCAGACCCUGGGAGGACUAAUGUUUGCCCUGUUCGGGGGGCAACCACUGGUCAUCCUGCAGACUACAGCACCUCUCGCCCUGUACACGAAAAUUAUCUAUGAGUUCUCCCACAGCCUGGAGGUUGAUUUCCUCCCGAUGUUCGGGCUGGUUGGUUUGUUCAGCAGCGGGUUCCUCAUCAUCUACUCUGUCUUUGGGCUCAGCCGGGUCAUGAAGUAUACUACAAGGUCCACUGAGGAGAUCUUUGCCCUGUUCAUAGUUGUGGCUUAUGUGGUGGACUCCAUCAGGAGCCUGACAGCAGAUUUCUACCAGCACUUUGACACAGGGACCUGCCACUACGUGAACCUGACAGCACUGAACAGCAGUAGCCUGGCCGAGAACAGCAGCGCGACCUUGGACAGCGGCACGACCUUGCACAGCGGGGUGCUGACCGACAACUGCCAGCCGGAGCGACCUCUGCUGCACAUGAUCCUGCUGCUGGGAACGCUGUGGGUUGGGAUUACGCUGUACAACUGCACCAAGAGCCCAUACCUGACAGAGGGAAAGCGAGAGUUGCUGGCUGACUACGCUCUGCCCAUAGCUGUCGUGUUUAACGGAUUCAUGGGAUCCUACGCAUUCAGGGCCGUUCAGCUGGAGAGGUUCCAGGUACAGGAGCGUGCGAUGUUCCAGAUGGUCGCUCUGAGCAGUCUGCACCCGACUGCCAUUGUGGUGGCCCUGGGGCUGGGGUUCUGUCUGUCUCUGCUCUUCUUCAUGGACCAGAACAUCAGUGCUGCGAUCGUCAACAACCCUGCUCACAAGCUGAAGAAGGGUUCAGCGUACCAUCUGGACCUUCUUGUGGUAGCUGCGAUCAACACGGUUCUGUCCCUGUUUGGUCUGCCCUGGGUCCACGGUGCGCUGCCCCACUCCCCGCUACACGUGCGCGCACUGGCAGACGUGGAAGUACGCGUGGACCAGGGACAUCUCUAUCCCAUUAUCGUGAGAGUACGAGAGACGCGUGUGGCGGCCAUCUUGUCCCACGUGCUGAUCGGCCUGUCCCUGCUCCUGCUGCCCUCUCCGCUGAACUACAUCCCCCAGGCCGUGCUGAAUGGACUCUUCCUGUUCAUGGCUGUGUCAUCGCUGACAGGGAACCAGCUGUUCGAGAGACUUAUGCUACUGGUCACAGAACAGUCUGCGUACCCGCCUAACCACUACAUCCGUCGUGUCCCUCUGGGGAAGAUCCAUUUGUGGUCUCUGUGCCAGGUGCUGCAGCUGGGCCUGCUGUGCGGGUUGGGCUUCGCUCCCCUCAUCUACCUAGAAAUGGUCUUUCCCCUGGUCAUCCUCAGCCUCAUGCCCAUCAGACACCUCCUGAUGCCACGAAUCCUCGACCCGAAGUACAUCGAAGCCCUGGACGCCGCUCACACCGACUUCCAGUGAUCACCAGACGUCUUCUCAGCCUGGAGACACGGCCCUGAGACAUCUUAGCUACGGGAGGAUCUCAAG